UGUUGUCGCGCAGCCUCAAAGAGACAAACAUCUUGCGUGUAUGCUAAUUGCUUCAACCCUUUUGCUGGCUUUGGACUGUUAGUCGGGGCAGAAAUUAUGAAUAAAGGCGGCUUCACAGCAGAGCGGGGGAUAAGACAAGCGGGCCCAGAUAAAGUCGACAUGUCCUUGGAUGACAUCAUUCGGUUAAACAGAAAAGAGAAGCAGUUUAAGCUGAGGCAAACCAAUGUGAACCGCCGACCAUUCAAGAAGAAAGGCCCUUUAAACCAAGGAAAGGGGCUUUCUCAGAGGACAGCAGGAACAGCUCAGAGAGGAGGAGGCGUGCCUCGAGGAGGGGCGGCUAUUUUAAGAAACAGAAGGGUUCCUCCUCUGGCAGGUAGAAGGCGAGGUCAGGGGGUCAUCACAGGACUGGCAGCCCGGAGGCCAACCGUGCUGCUAAAGAAAGCUGGCACCCUCAACAGAGCAGCUCCCACCCAGAAAACGAUACCGAAACCCAGGCCGUUCGUCCAGCGUUCCGACACCCCGCACAGGAAGCCGGAGGUCCAGAGGCGGCUGUACCAGCAGCUGGACCCGCGCAGGGACCAGAACUCGGCGUCGAUCAGGAGGCCUUUUCAGCUGAGACGACGGCCGCUGCCACCUGUCCUCCAGCAGACCCAGAGGGAGGCGCGCCAGGCCACAUUUCUCUUCCGCCGGGGGCUGAAGGUCCAAGCCCAGGUCCAGAAGCCCAUUCCCCGCUCUCCUCCCGUCCGGACUCGGCAAUGGCGCACAUCGACAGCCGGCAGCGGAAUCCUGACCGUUUCAAUAGCCAACCCUACGGCCAGGACUCAGCCCGAGCCCGCCACCGCCUGGACACUGCACCCUCCGCCCGUCAGCUCCCCUCCGGUCAAGCCAGAGACGUCGGAGAAGAAGGUCCCAAAAGGAGUGCCCCUGCAGUUUGACAUCAACAGCGUCGGGACACCGCAAACGUCGAUGACGUUGAACGAGAGGUUCCGCAUCCUGAAGGAUCAGCGCGCGGCCGCCGCACAGAGCAGCAAAGGCAGCCGGUUCGUGACGGUGGGCUAGCCGGUGAACUGGGCGGCCGAUGCCGAGAAGCCCGCUCGCACGGGCAAACACUACCUGGCCGAUGUGGGGAGGGGGGCGCCGCCUACCCACCGGCGCCACUGACGGGGGGCAGGUCAGCCACGGGACGAACGAGCAGGACAGCCAGAACUCAAGUGUUGCUGGAAGAGUUUGUCUGAAAAACACUCCCACCCAUUGUCCGUCCUGCUGUGCUCGGCUGUAUGUAUUAUGGAUGUUCUACAUUGGGGAGUCUUUUUCAUCCCCCCCCCCCCCCACCACCACAGUUGGAUGUGGAAAUGUUAACCUUCUCAGCAUUUCUCCUACAGAGAUGACCACUGUCUAUUCGCUAGGGUAACGUGCAUUCACCCGUUUUGUUUGUGUUUUUGGUUUGGUUUUUUUGGAACAUUUGAGGACGGUUUUUGUAAGUCCUUUAAAAUAAAUCAGUUUCUCUAUGUAAAUAUGUGUUCAGCGUCAGAACAGCUUUCAGAUGGCUUUUCAGUUACACACUUUUUACCAUAAUAGGACAGCAAAAGAAAUACAAAACCCCGUUUUUUUCCCACAGCAAUCAGGUGUGACAGUUUGAAAGUGUGAGCAAGACCCUCCUAAAGUCGGGAGAUCUGUAAUUUAUACGCGAAAAUGCUCUGUGUCGUUUGUUUUAAGUGUGGGCAUUUACUCUUCUUAUAACAGAAAAAAUUAAAUAGCGAUUCUGUCGCCUUGGUCUUUAGAACGAGAUCUGUUCCCCUGAACGAAUAGCUUGUCUUUUU